UUCAAGUUUAAACAUGAAGUUUUUGCUAGUUUUCGUAGUGGUAAUUGUCYCAAUCCUUGGCACUUUCGCUAUGGAUGAGGCUUUUCUCGAGCAAACCAGAGACAGGGUUAAAGCCGUUGUGAAAGAAUGUGUCGCUGAAGAAAAAGCCACUGAUAGUGAUUUUGACGAUAUAAUGGCCAUGAAAAUCCCCACCAGUCAUGAAGGGCAAUGUGUGUAUUUUUGUUCACACAAAAAAUUCAACAUGCAACAUCCCGACGGUUCUAUCAACAAAGAGGGGGCUUUGGACACUUUUGAGGUUGUGAAAGACGUUGAUGCAGAAUUUCACGAUAAAGUUAUCACUGUUUACAAUCACUGUAUUUCGACUCCUGUGGUCCCCGACCCUUGUGUCUACUCCGUUAACUUGUUUCAGUGUUUCAUAAAAGAGGGCAAAGCUGUUGGGAUUCAUGAACUUAUCAUAAAAUAAUAAGUUGGAGCUUAAGGCAAUGUAGAAAUGGACUCAAGUUUUUAGCAAUAAAUUGAUGCAUUAUUA